UCAAGUGAACAAAAACAACACUUUGACCGCCUAGAGUGUCAGGCUGUCAGCUAGUAAACGUAGACUAGCAACAUCGACUCGGAACUUGGAUCACAUUUUGUACCAAUAACUCGUCUGGGUACCCUUACUACAAAAUUCUCUUCAAUACUUCUUCACUGGCAUGCGUAGAACAGGUUGCAAAACAUCGCGAAGGAGAAGGGAAACUUGGAGUAGAACAGGUUAUAGCACUGGAUGUCUGUCGGAUUCAAUCAAACUGACCUAAUUGCGUGAAUCGAAUAAUAAGUUCAGAAUAAGCUUCUUUGCCUGGAUUAGGCUGUCCACCUUUCAGGAUCACCAACUGUAGCGAGAAGCACAGCUCUGGUUACCCUUGAAUCUGAGAUCUUGGUGGUACUAGUGGUCAUUUUGGCGAUGGAGAAGGAAGACGAAGCAGUGAAGAAUGCACAGGUUGUGGAAGCUAGGGCCAGAAAUAUUAGCCACAAUGUGCGUUGUACAGAUUGUGGAAGUCAAUCAAUUGAAGAUUCACAAGCUGAUGUUGCCAUUCUUCUGAAGAAGUUGAUCCGCGAUGAAAUUCGCUCUGGGAAAAGCGAUAAAGAGAUAUUUAAAAAGCUGGAGGACGAUUUUGGUGAUACGGUACUUUACGCUCCACGUUUUGAUCUACAAACUGCGGCUCUUUGGCUAUCACCGUUUCUAGUUGCAGGGGCUGCGGCAGGGGUAUGGGCUUAUCAAAAGCAUAGACAGAAGACUAACGUGCACAUAAUGGCGCUGAACCUUGUGAGGGGUGUUCCGUUAACCCCGAGAGAAAGAGAGACAAUGCUAGAUAUUCUAACACCACCACCUGCGCCAGGAAGAAGGCGAUGGUGGGGUUUAUAAUCACUGCUGACUCCAUAACUUGCACAACUUCUUCUUCCAUUAUCUUCUUAUAGGUUUUAUUGCCUCCUUUGGUAAUGUUUUACCAAUUAAUGCGAGAUUCUGUAAGGUUUUCUUAUAUAAUUGCAUUAUAUUGUCAGUGGUGGAGAAAAACACUAUCCAAAGUUGGAGUUUUAGUUCAAACCAAAAUUUUGUAAAGGAGAAUUUUACCCUCUGAAUGCUUCUUGAAUUUGACUCUGA